CAGGUUUAUGGUUGUGAAGACAGAAAGUGAAGGAACCUACAGAGAAGAUUAGUGAGGAGGGAAGCAGUCAUGGACCAGCUUGGUGGGCAGCCUUUGCCCCAGGCAACUGUUCAACCAGCUGUAUGGUAUAACUACAGUACCACCUACAAUGACUUCCUUGUCAAUCACCCUGUUCAGGUGCAAGUUGCUGUGCCCACUGUCCAGAUGGUUGCAGCUCCAUCUCAGACACCUACUCCUGUUCCUACUGAAGUAGAUUCCUUAGACAUAGCUGUUAACAUGGUUCCAGCCAAAUCAAAAAAAUCGAAGAAACCGCAGCCAGAUAACCAAGAGAGAAACUUCCAUUGUCAGGAGUGUGGGUCUUCCUUUACCAACAGUUCAAAUCUCCGUAGCCAUAUGCGAAUACACUCUGGUGUUAGACCAUAUGUUUGUGAGGAGUGUGGUAAAUCUUUCAUUCAGAGUUCUAAUUUAAAAGCACACAAAAGAGUGCAUACUGGGGAAAGACCUUACCAGUGCUCAGAGUGUGGGCAGACAUUUUCUCGUUCUUCGCAUUUGGUUGGACAUAAAAGAACUCACACAGGAGAGAGGCCAUAUAUUUGUGGUAUUUGUUCUGAGGCAUUUUUCACAUCAUCGCAUCUGAGAAAUCAUGUUCGGCGUCACACAGGUGAGAAACCAUAUGUAUGCCAGUAUUGUGGGGAGUCUUUUGGACAGAGUGUUGAAUUAAGGGUACAUCAUCGUUAUCAUACUGGUGAAAAACCCUUCAAAUGUAGAGAAUGUGACACAGCACUUAUUUCAGCAAGAGAACUUAAAGCCCAUAGAAAGGUACACCAUCUAGGAUCUAAGCCUUUCAAAUGUGAGCAGUGUGACAAAUGUUUUAGGACGCUUACCUUCUUGACGAAGCACAAAGUACGCUGCAAGGGUCCUAGGCCUAAGCGGCCAAAGGGAAGACCCCGCAAAUAUCCAAGAGCCGAUGGAGAGGAACCUCCAUGGAAGAAGCCAAAGAAAAGGAAGAACAGGAGACCAGCAGCACCAACCGACCGAGUAUCACGAUCCAGGAGUAAAGCUAUUAUUGAUGCCCAGUUGAAGCAAGAAACUGAAGAUUCCCCUGAUGCUGAAGCAGAAAAGCAGCAAGAUAUUGAACAGAUAGAUAAAGAAGAGGAUAACAUACAGCCUGAGACUGAACAAAAUGAUGAGCAGACUAUCCAGUUAGAAGAAGCAGAGCUAAAGACUGAGGUAGAACUAGAGCACAUAACCCAACUCCCAAUGGUGCAGGUAAUGCUAGAUAAUCUUGGAUCUGAGGCUGAGGGUUUGGAUGGUACACAUCCUCAAGCACUAGUGCUUCAGUCCUCAACGGGCACUGUCCAUAGUCUCCAUGCCUUAUCAGAACAUGCAGAACAACAAAUAGGAGUAAUGGAUUUAUCAGGUCAACAGAUCCAUCAGGAUGAUCAGCAAGUAGAAAGUGUCCAGCAAGCCAUCAGUAUAAUUCCUGCUCAUCAGUCAUUACCUGUAGUAUCUUCAGGACAUCAGCAGAUGGCAGUGAUCACUGCUCAUCAACAGUUACCUGUUGUGACUGCACAUCAGCCAGCUAUGAGUGCCCAUCAGCAGGUACCUACAGCAAAUGCUCAUCAGCAAGUCUUGAGUGCUCAUCAGCAGUUACCUGUUAUAAGUGCACACCAACAGGUACCUGCUACAAAUGGCCGUCAACAGGCAGCAAGCAGUCACCUUCAGUUGCCAGUUGUUAGUGCUCAUCAACAGACAAGUACGACGCACCAACAAAUACCUGCAGUAACUGCUCAUCAACAAGCUGUUAAUGCACAUCAACAGUUGCCUGUAGUAACUGCACAUCAACAAGUAGCGAGUGCUCAUCAGCAGGUGGUUACUGCUCACCAGCCAGUCUCUGUGCUUGCAGCUCAUCAACAUGUGUCAGCACACCAACAGGGUCUGGUUGUUACUGCACAUCAACAAGUGCCUGUUGUAUCUGCACAUAAGCAGAGCAGUCUUGGGUCUAGUGGAAGUUCCACUGUAGUUUAUGAAGCAGGACAGCCUUAUGUGGUGGACCUCUCCAGUCCAGCACUCACUUCGCAGGUUCCCCUUGUCAACCAAAGUGUUACAACUACUCAGUAUGCGAGACCUUAAUGUAACACAGGUCCUGACCUCGCCUUGCCCUGUCUUGUCUUUUAUAAGUCCUUUAUAGACAACGAUACUUUAUGCUCGUCUCCAAAUAUGUGCCACAUCCAGAGAGCCACAAGCUUGCGAGACAUGCUGUGGAAAACUUUAUCCAGAAUAUAUAAAAGUAUCAAGUAGCCUGUGCAGUCCAAACUUAAAGCUGGAAAUGGUUGUAACAGAAACUCAAAAUGUACAGGUUUGUCAUAGUAGUUAAAAAAAUCUUUUACAUGUGUUCUUGCAUUUGUAAACGUAUAUGACAGCUUACAUACAUCUCCUUUAGGCUUAUUGUAGUGUUUCUUGACACUUAUUUGUGAUGACCAAUGUAGUUUCUAUGCAUUGCUAUUAUAUUGUUACUAUUUGAAAGUAUAAGACUUGAAGAUUUUUAACUUUGCAAGCUUAUGAAUACACAAUUUGAUAUGUGAUUGCAGUUAGUGCCGUAAGUAGGAGCUAAGGCUCUUGAAUUAGAUAUUACUUAAUAUUAAGAUCCUGAAUGAGAAGUUCCCAAUAUAUUUAGUGUGUACAGUUUGUGAAUUUAAGAAGAGGCAUUGUUAAUUUUUAUGGUAAUUCUUAAAGGUUUUAUUCCCUGACUUAAAGUGCAUAAGAGAGAGUAGUUUAAUGAAAGAUUUUCUUAUGGGCAUGUUCAAAGUUAAAUGCAGUGCUGUUAAAGUUUUUUUUUUUUUUUUUUUUUUUUUUUUUUUUUUUUUUUUUUUUUUUUUUUUUUGACUGACAGAGCUCUAUUGUCAGCAGUGUUGGCAUUAUUUAAUGGAAUAAAUUGUGCACAUCAUUAAGUACUGACUAGUUACUUCCUAUUUCAAGGAUAGAAGUACCUAAUGAUAUUGGUUAUGAGAUAACCAGGAAAUAUGUCUUUGUCUGUGUGAAGCAGAAUAAAGAAUAUUUGCAUUUGUGGAUGAAAUUAUACAUAAUAUGUAGAAACAAAAGUUCCAACUUUUCUGUUCAGUUUAAUCUAACAUAAAAAUGUGUGAGAAACAUUGGCAUUCAGUCCAUAUUUUAUAUAAAUAAGACCCCUUGAUUUACAGUAGAAGUAUUUGUACCAUUUGUAGUACUUUUUCAUGAAAUUAUAACCAUAGUGCUGUGGAUUUACCAUGUUGAUCAAACAGUCAAGACAGUGUUUGUGUAAAAGUAUUUAAAAAUGGAGUUUAAUAUGAUUUCAUGUUUUUUAAAAGUUAAUAUAGAAAUUUAAUGGGAGGUUGAAACCUGCGUUUCAAAAUAGAUACAUUUAUACAGUAUUCAUGUUUUUUUGGCUAUGGACAUGUUUGCAUUUGACAUCAGUGAAAUUGUGUAUGCACACUAAAGUAAUAAUGAAUCCAUGCAGCAAAAGAACUUUAUUCUGAAAAGCAAGUCAAAGUAUUUGGGGUUACAUAGCAUCACAAAGCGUGAUGUACAUUUUUCAAACGGUUUUGCUUGGGAGAUUUGAGAAAUUAGUUACAGAAUCUUGUAAAGUGGCCCCUGGUAGUCUUCCAAUGUCUUUGUUUGUGAAAGAAUACUUUACUUUCGGCAUUUCCUUUACUGAGAAUUGUACCUUCUGAUUAAUGUCUUGUUGCAGCUACAGAAAGGUCCAUCUUAUAUGUUGCUUGCAAGAUCUUUCUGUAACUUUAUUCUGAUUUCUCAUCUUUUUUUAUUUUCUGCUAUAGGUUUCAUUUUGAUUUUUUCUUAUUUCUUCAGCAUUUCAAAAAGUUGGUUUACUGGAAAAAGUAACUAGUCCUUGUCAAAACAGAAAAGACAUGGCAGUGUAUAUCUGCUGUUAAGAUAGUUCAUUUACAGUUUUUUGUGAUGUACAUAUGUUACAUAAAUUUUCAUCUAAUAAUGGACAAAAAUUUAUGAAUAGCUUACUUGAAUGAUGUUCCUUUUUGAAUAAAAAGGAGAAGUGGAGACAGUUUAGAGGAAAGGAGUAAUGUGUUUAAUUUACUUGUUUAUACCAUAAAGAUCUGUUUAAAAUUAGCGCUGUUUUAAUAGAAUUAAUUGAUAGAAACAAUUGAAGUAGUUGUAGAAUCUCUGCAUCAGUAUAUUGAUUUUAUUUUUUUUUUAAUUAUUAAUUUUGUACAAUUAUUUUAGCAACUUGUAAUUUGCAUUUUGUAGUUACACUGUAGGAGUAAAAUAUGGAAUAAAUAUGAUAUUAGUAAUGUAAAGCCAGUAAAAGAAUGAAGUGGAAUAUUCAUAACCAUUUUUUACAGUUUGUAGAAUAUGUAGGCAUAGGUGUCAUCAUUUAUCUAAAAAAUUGGUAUAUGAAAGUGUGAAGCCACAUUGAAUAUCAAUCUCAGUAGCUGAUAUUCCAUUGGGAACUUUUUUUUUUUUUUUUUUUUUUAAAUAUUACAUUUGUAUUUCCAGAUUUGAUAAAUAUUAAGUCAGUUUUUUAUGUUCAGGAAUGUUGGAGAGGGUAUUUUUCUUGGUAGAACCCUCAUAUUUCUUAAAUUUAUUAAAUUAGCAAUACAUCUGAAAUUUAGGAACAUUCUAUAUGAUUGUAGUUGGAUUUGUUUUUCCUUUUUUUUCUCUUUUUGCAUUUAUUUUUACUGAAAGGAAUUCUUCCAAUUUAUCUGCUUUGUAUGAUAGGCAAAGAAACUAGUUUGGAGCUGAAAGUGGAAAAUGGACAAGACACUUUGUGUAUUUCACACAAUUAUUGAAUCUUUGAGGAAGAAGAUACUCGUGUCUUGAUCUUCUUUAUUUUUUUACCCUUAUAUGGAAAUCUGUUUUAAGAGAUUUUACAUCAUGGUUGCCAUAAUUUGUUACACUAUGCAAAGAUAAAAAAGAAUCCUGCAUAUUGUGGAAUAAAAGUUAACUACUAUUG